CACUUGCGUGCUAUAAUUUCAAACUUUUUAAAUUUUUAAGUUUUGUAUUUAUUAUAUCAUGAAAAGGUUUUAAGAAAAAUGCAGAAUUUUUUGAACGAUAAAGAUGAUGCUACUGCUCAAAGCAUUGUGAAUGAUAAAGUCGUGGACACUCCUCCUAACAAACGCGGUUUAGGCGUAGCUGCAGCAGUCUUUUUUAUUGUUGGCGACGUUGUUGGAGCUGGUAUUAUAACGUUACCGUAUACUAUGAAAUUGGUAGGAUGGCUGGGCGUUCCGCUUUUUUUUAUUUCAGCUAUGUUAAUGUGUUUAUGCGGAAUCCUUCUUUCAAAAGCUUGUCUUCUAGCGUUUUCUUCAAUACAAAACAGAGAUGCACUUAGAGAUCCUUACCCACAGUUAGCUGAAAAGUCUUAUGGUGUUAUAGCAAAACAUAGCGUUACUCUCAUAUUAAAUUUAUCGCUUGUUUUUACGUGUAUAGUUUUUUUAUUGUUGCUUGGAGAGGUUUUUAGCAAAAUUGCCCCGUUACCUACACAAAUGGUUAACAACAGAAACCAAUUGCGAAUAUGGUUUAUUGUUUGUGGCAUAGUCUUAUUACCUUUAACUUUUCUAGGAACGCCAAAAGAUUUUCCAUUGAUUGGUUUUAUAGCAACAGCAUGUAGUUUUGCAGCAGCUAUUCUAAUUAUGUUGAACUUAGCAAUGACAAGUCAUUCUGUUGGAUACGUAGUGCCUAAAAAAACUUCUGCAAACUUUGAGACAAUAUUGGUUGUAUUUGGUACAAUACAAUUUACUUUUGGGGGAAUAGCCAUUUUUCCAACUAUUCAAAACGACUUACAACAUCCAGAAAAGUUUCCUUAUGCAGUUGUCAUUGGAUACACUAUUGUUUUUUUUAUUUACACUUCAGUUGCAUUGAGUGCGUUUAUUAUUCUUGAUGAGAAAAUUCAUGAAGAUAUUUUGACAACAUUUUCUGAAAUGCCACUUUUUCAUACAUGUGUUUAUUUUCGUGCAUACGUAACCAUUGCUCAAGUUUUGAUUUGUGGUCACGUAUUAUGCGCUUUUAUAAUGCUGGUCAACCCAAUCAACCUACAAAUGGAAGCUCUUUUUGAUGCUCCAUUACACUUUGGUUGGCAAAGACUCGUAAUACGAACAACAAUUGUUAUUGUAAUAGUGACAAUUGCUAUCUUUGUUCCAAAUUUUGGGCCUGUCUUAUCAUUGGCUGGUGGAAGUUUUUUCAGCAUUCUUAGCAUUAUUUUGCCUAUUUUGUUUUACUGCAAGCUGGUUGAUCACCUCAGUUUUUUCAAAGAAAUUUUAUUAGGAAUUAUUAUAAUUAUUUCGGUAGUAGCUGCUGUUGGCAACGGUUACGUUGAAGUAAUAAAUGUAGCCAAAGUUAUUAAGGGGACAUAUACAUAAAAAAUAAAAUGCUCACUAAAAACUUUAAUUAGUUAUGUCGUUUAAAAUGUUUUAUUUA